AUGUAAUAAGGAGAAGAAACAUAAGAGAAAAAAGAAAAUGAAAUAUCUCACAAUAUUUCUGUAUAGAAUUUGAUGGACAAGAUAAAAAUUAUAUUAAUAAUGAGAUAGCUAAAAGAAGAUAGUAUUCCUAUUGAGAUUAUUCCAAAUCUUUAUUUAGGUUGUUUAGGAUGUGCAUUAAAUAAAAAGAAACUAUUAGAAAGUAUAUUUCAAAGAUAUUAUAUAUAGCAAACAUGAAAUAUAUUUUAUCUGCUUGUGAAAUGCCAAAGGCGCCAUUUUCUAAUGAUUUUACAUCUUUGAUAAUAAAUAUCAAUGAUAGUGUAGAUCAAGAUAUAAAAUCAAAAUUUGAUGAAUCAAAUACAUUCAUUGAAAAUGCCUUAAAUUCUUAAUAGAAUAUUCUUGUUCAUUGGUAUAAAUGAUAAAUAUAUCAGUUUUGCUGGAAAAUCAAGAUCAACUACUUUCAUUAUUGCAUAUUUAAUUAAGAAUCAUAAAAUGACUGUUAAUGAUGCUCUUGAAUUAGUAAAAACUAAAAGACCAAUAGCUUAACCAAAUGCAGGAUUCAUGAAACAACUUCAGUAAUAUUAUGAUACAUUAUACAAUAAUAAUAUUGAUUAGAAACAGUAAGAAUGA